CUGACAGGUAGACGCAUGAACCCAGCAGGACAACAACUCAAACUUAUCAGCCGCACCUUGUAAAACCAACAGCCCAACUACAGGAAGCUCGCAGAACAGAACACAGCCCGACAGUGCGCCAUCUGGCCUGCAGGGUGCGCUGUGCUGCAUACACCUGGCCUGCGCGCUGCACCGUGUUUCCCACACCUGGCCUGCAGGGCGCGCUGUGCUGCACACACCGGGUGAGCUCCAUGUCCAGAUGCAGAUGGAUGUGGCCCCGAAUGUCACUGCCAGUGAGGGGCCAGGGCUCUGGAACUUGGAAUAUCUGAUCACCUGCUUCGCUGAUGAGAAAGUCUGCGUGUCCUUCGGGCUCUGGAUCCUGUCCUGCCUGUUCUGGUUCACCUCCAUCUCCCUGCAUUUCUAUUUGAGAUGCAAAAGAAAAUCCACUCAUCAUGUAUCUGUGUUCUGGCAUGUCUAUAGCUUUUCCGGAUGCAUGUGUAAUACAAUUGGAGCUCUCUUGUCUAAGCAGCUAACCAUCCAGGUGAUCACUGGGAGUUAUAUGGCAGCAGCAGAUGUUGUACAUUUUAUGUUAACUCUCUUCCCUGUCUGCCAUUCUAAACACAGAUCCAGAUCUGAUCAGAAGAAUUCUAUAAAAAGAAAAAGGCACAAAGCCAUACUUUCUGCUCUCUCAAUUUAUUUAUUUGUCGGCGUUGGGUGUUACUCUUUUAGCCCAAACAGAUAUACGUAUGGUGAAGUAACUCACACUAAUCAAAGGCGUUUGCUUGGGACCGUUUUACAGGAGAGUACAGACAUUGUAGGAUUCACACUUGGAAUAAUUGCUGUAAUUGUGUCAUGGACAGUACGGGUGCCUGUCAUCACAAAAGUAUGCAGAGGUAUGGUGUUUUCUGUUGUGCAUAUCUGGGCGGUCUUCUUCUCCGCGAUGGCCAGCAUUAUGUACACGGCAGCAAUUAUGUCUCACAACCGCCAUCCGGAAUAUUUUCUAAGAGCAGCACCUUGGUUCCUUAUCUUCAUAGGUUCAGCCGCCAUGGAUAUUGCUCUCACAAUUCUGUCCUGCAUGAUGAAAAACAGAUUUAUGUAUCAGAUGGGGUUUGUAGUGGAAGCAACAGGUGAAGAAGAUAACUGUGAGCUGCUGGUAAAAGACAAUAAAGAGGAGAAAGAUAGAGGUGCCAGUCACACACCCAAAGAUGAUGAUGAAGAGAAUUCUAACUGGACACCGUUAAAAAUAGUUCCAAAUCGAAGCCAUAGCAACAGAGCAUCAUUUGAUCGUUGUGUGAGCCUGAGCAUUGAGCCAGUGCAACAGGUAGGGUUUGGUGCAGUGAGGUUACCUGGAGAUGGACAGACCAGUACUGUGAGCCUUUUCAAACAGGAGACACUCUAUUACCCAGACAUACCUGUGUUUACUCCAGCUCAUGCCACCCAUACCAAGUGGUCUUCUCCCAGUUACUCUGAGGAGUCCUCUAUUAACACUAAACUUGAGUGGGAUUUCGAAGAUUUGAACCAAGAUUGGAGCAAGGACAUUGAUGUACCAGAUAUAAACCCCAAUGACAGUUCAAUCCUGAGCGUUGGCACUGAAACAUCAAGUCGCACUCAGACAUAGGUCUGCCUUCAGAGAGAAGAAUGCUGGUUGUCUAUCUAGAUGCACCAUAACUGUGAAAGCAGCAGUGUUCCAUUUCUGUUGAGAUGCCGACUUGUUAUUACACUCAUGGCUACUGAAUAUUUCAAGAGAUACCCUAACAGUUUCAAAUGAUUUCAGAAAAAGGUCUUGCAUCUCUCACCUUAUCUUCUUGUCUUCCAUUUAUGUCUACCAACAUUAGAUUAAUUGUUUGCCGAGUUAUUAAAAGGUUGCAUCAAUGCAGCAGCACAGAUUACGAUUAAAACUGUGAUGGUC